UUCUUAGCACGUCUUGUCUUGUUGAACAGACACACCCUAGCUGCAGAACGCUCUUGCACAAUCAAUACACACACGGUAAAAGACGGCGCACGAGGAAGGACGGUACACUGCGACAGAAAUGGACCUAAAAUCGUCCCCGACCAGCCAGGGUGGAGGGGCGGCCCCCUCUGCUGGGGACAUUGGUGUACUGCAACUAGAAGCACUUUGCCUUUCGUCUAUCGACUCCAACAGCGAACAAGCGGUUCAGCCUUUCCCCCGUUCCCCAAAACUGCUACGGAAGCUGGCCAAGGCCAUACAACCCUCAACAGACGACCUGGCGGCGCAGGUCCAUGAGCUCCAGGCAGAGAGGUCUAAAGCCGAGGCCCACAUCAAGUCACUGAAGAAACGCAAGGCCGACCUAUCCAGGAGUGCCGAGCUGAUGAAGCAGCAGGUGCGGGAGCACUUUGAGGAGAUGCACGCGUCGCUGCGGGCGGACGAGCGUGCGACCCUGGACUCCCUGGAGCAGGACCUGCGGCGCACCGGGGAGCGGCUGGACCAGGUGACCCGCGGCUGGGAGCAGCACCUGGGCCAGGUGGGCCGGGCCGCCGGCGCCGCCCAGCGGGCACUGCGGCGCAGCGGGGAGGGCGAGGACGCCGGGCCCGAGGGCGACGUGGAGCCGGGCCCUCCUGAAAACCAAAGGUUCAAGAAGCCCGACGCGUCGGAGGCAAAGAUCCGUCUGAACGAGGGCCGCUUCAAGAGGCUCCUGAGGGCCCUGCACGGCGUCUCCAGGGAGCUGCGGGCCCAGCUGCCCAGGAAGGCCCUGCUGCUGGAUUCCGUGGCGGUGACCUUCGACCGACACACCUGCCACCCCUCCCUCUCGGUGACGGGGGACGGCCGCGGCCUGGGCCUCCAGGCCCCCGGCGCGGCGGCGCCACCCGACCAGCACCCGCUGCGCUUCGACCGCGUGUUCUGCGCACUGGCCUCCGUCGCCCUGGCGACCGGCCAGAGCUACUGGGAGGUGGACGUGCGCUGCUGCGACGGCGACGACGGCGGGGGGGGCUGGGCUGUGGGCGUGGCCUACGCCUGCCUCCCGAGGAAGGGGCGGGACAAGGGAGCCAAGCUGGGGCGCAACCGCCACUCGUGGUGCGUGGAGUGGCGGGAGGGCCAGCUGGCCGCCUGGCACAACGACCGCAGCGUGGCGCUGGGGGUCCGGGCGCGGCCGGUGGGCCGGGUGGGGGUGUGGGUCAACCACGACAAGGGCCAGCUGCUGUUCUACGACGCCGGGAGCAUGGAGCUGCUGCAGGCCUUCUCGGCCGCCAUGACGCCCGUGUUCGACCGGGCGCGCCACCAGUUCAUCGAGCCGCUGUUCCCAGCCGUGCGCCUCCUGGAGCCUCGCGGGGCCACCGGCCGGCCGUGGGCCAAUCACGUGGAGAUCUGCGACCUGGCCGCGCUGUGACGGCCGCAGAAAGGGCGCCACUCGACUGCUCAGCGAUGUCGACGGUCCGCGAAACGGACCGUCGACGCGGUCCGUUUUGUUGCGUUGCUUAAUAUGUACAGCCCUGUUUACUGCUUGUGUGACGGCGACGGCAGAGGUGUUGAUUGAGGCGUUGCGAUGGGAGGAAUGAGCCAUCAAACUGCCCGUUAUCUGCAGAGGCCCUCCCGUCUUCACGGAGACCAAGCUCUUCGUCGACCGGCCUGUAUACCUCCCUGUAGCAAUUGGGUGCUGGAUUUGGAUUAGUCGGUUUCGAUUCACCCGAGUAAAAAGAAGAAUAAAAGAAUAACCCUCAA